CUCGAGACGGGCCUAGUGGUUCAGGCUUUUCCGGGCAGUCGGGUCGGAGUCUGCUCCGUGGCUCAGGAGGGGAACUGGGGGGGGGUCGGCGUCUGACGCCGAACGGGAGCAGGCCCGGAAUUGGAUGGUGAUUCGGCUGCUCGAGUCGCUCGCCCUGGGGCCAGGGGCUGGGGACCGGGCCGGGUUGACUCGGAGUGGGACUGGGCUCUCUGCGUCCAGACUCGUGACUGGGAUUCACUGUAAGAGAGGAGCCCGCCUUCCCCAGGGCAGUAAAUUUAUACCUUUAUUACAUUCACUCCUCUCCCCCGCUUAAAGGAACAUGCUCAAUGUUGAUGCUUCACUUAUCCCGGACGGACAGUGUUAAUGGGAGGUUAGUAUGAACAAGCAGGAAGGUCUCACUGAGGCUGAUAACCCCCCACUGACUUCGAGCCAAUGUAUGAAUGGGGUUAGGAUGGGUGACCAAGGACUGGAAAACGAUGAAGUCAGUGUGGAAAGUAGUCUAACCGAGGUCGAUAAAGAUGUUUCUCAGGAAAACCAUGGCAGCUGGGAUGCUAAUGGAGAGAGCCUGGAGGAAGAUUUUAAUGGUGAUGAGCACUGUGCGCUUUUAAACAAAGAUGUUACCGAGCAAGACAACUCUCUGGACACCAUGCAACUAGAAAACAUAUUGAGUGAAGCGGGUGCUUCUGUGCACUUGUCAGACCUAACAACAGAUUCUGAAAACAAUUUGAUUGGAAUUGGUAUGAUAAGCUUAAGUUCAGAAAUUGACAACGUAGAGAAGACUUCAGAUCUUCAAGAUAAUGAGGAUGAUGAUCACUGUCAGAUCAAAUUGCUUUUGAGUCAGUUACGUGACUAUGAGCAGGGCACAGGGACCUUAGAAAGCAAAGCAAAGCUGUUGGAUGGUUACAGUUUAGAAAGUGGUGGCAAACUAACAAUAGAUACUGAAAGUGAUUCAUUGACCAAUGAUGAAAGGCAAUUAUUUGACACAGUUAACCAUCAGGAUGUUUUGACUGAGAUGAGUCAUGAGCCUUUAAUGUCUACUGAGAGACUUGGAAGACCUGCAAUGAAAGACCUGCUUCAUCAUGGCAAUGAAUUAACCCAUGCAAGCUAUCCAGGCUCAAAGUUUGGUGUUAUUGGCAAUGUGAUAUGUAGUGAUCAGUCUACAAAUACAUUCAGUCACGCUUCUGAAAGAACUGUUGAAAACAACACAACCUCACAAGAAGUUUCCACUGGGAAUGUGGUUGGUCAAUCUGAGAAAAACACUGAUGAAAUGCUCCAGCACCAACAGACUCUGGAUUUAUGUGCAAGCAGUGAUGGGGCAAAUGAUAACUCAAGCUCUUUAUAUUGUGGACCAUUAUAUAGCCUGAAGAAAGACUGGAAGAAAGAGGGAGAGGCAUUGUCUUUGGCCAUUAAAGAGUUAAAAGAAGAGGUUGAGAAUAUUAGCAAAUCCUUUCUUCCUGAAGACGAUGUUGAGCACACUGAUGUGGCAAAUCGAGGUGCUUGCCACACUGAAAGCAGUAUCCAUGAACGUGAUCGUCAGCCAAGGAAGAAAUUUUCUUAUCCUGCAUUUAAAGAAGUGUCAGGACCCUGUGAUUCUGAGGAUCUCCUUGAUGGAAUCAUAUUUGCAGCGAGUUACCUUGGAUCAACUCAGCUCUUCUCUGACAAAAAUCCAUCAACGAAUGUUCGCAUGUCACAAGCGCAGGAAGCAGUGGGGAGGAUAAAGGCACCAGAAGGAGAGUCACAGCCAAUGACUGCAGUGGAUCUGUUUAUAUCAACACAGCGAAUUAAAGUAUUAAAUGCAGAAACACAGGAAGCCCUGAUGGAUCACCCUCUACAGACCAUUUCGUACAUUGCAGAUAUUGGAACUACAAUAGUUUUCAUGGCUCGUCGACGAAUGCCACGUAAAUCGCCAGACCAGGAGACCAGGAACUCGCCUGCUGGAAAGCGAGAGUACAAGAUGAUAUGCCAUGUCUUUGAAUCAGAGGAUGCAUCACUUAUCGCACAAGCGAUAGGCCAAGCUUUCACUGUGGCCUACCAGCAGUUUCUGAAUGCUAAUGGUAUCAACCCUGCGGAUCUGAGUCCUAAUGAAUACAAUGAUUUACUUGACACCGAAUUUUACAAUGGGGAUCUUGUACAUUUUUCCAAGUCAGAGAACUCCAAAGAGGUCCGAAUAGAGAAAGCAAAGGGAGAGAUCCUUGGCCUUGUAAUUGUGGAGUCAGGGUGGGGCUCCAUCCUUCCCACAGUGGUAAUAGCUAACCUGAUGCACGGUGGGCCAACGGAACGAUCAGGAGAGCUGAACAUUGGUGACCAAAUCAUUUCUGUGAAUGGCACUAGUUUAGUUGGACUACCGCUCGCUACCUGCCAGGGAAUAAUCAAGGACUUGAAAUACCAGUCUGAAGUGACACUCAACAUUGUACGUUGUCCUCCAGUCACCACAGCAAUUAUCAAACGACCAGAUCAAAAACACCAGCUUGGAUUUAGUGUACAGGAUGGCAUUAUCUACAGCCUCAUGAGAGGUGGAAUUGCAGAGCGAGGUGGGAUCCGAGUAGGACACCGCAUCAUUGAAAUAAACGGACAAAGUGUUGUUGCAACUCCACAUGAUAAGAUUGUGCAAAGACUUUCAAAUGCCAUUGGUGAGAUACACAUAAAGACAAUGCCAGCUGCAACUUACCGGCUGCUAACAGGACAGGAGCAACCGAUAUACAUAUAACAAAAGGGACAUCGCUCCUGACUAGCUCAAACAUUUCAGGAUGUACAGCUUCUACAUUAACAAGACUUGGUUUGCUGUGCCGUGAUAGUAUUACGCUCCAUUCUCAAUUUACAUGUUCCAGAGAUGACUUAAUACAACUGUACUACUCUGCACUAAACUGGGAGCUAAGAGCUGCAGCGGGACCGUAAACCGAGAUGUUAGAGGAAGAAAUAAGUUAGCCUCUCGGACAGGAAGGUCUGCAGUGCUGCCACUGAGAUGCAGUGCAACAAUGUGUGUUUCAAGGAAUUUUGUACCAAGCUUCUGCCAUAACACCAGCAUGAACUAAUUAUUACAUGGCAUCUAUAAGCACCUCUACUUAUUUAAGUGGAAACGCACAUUGAUUGAUUUUAUCAUUGCUAAGGAGAAGGACUUAACUAUUUUAACUAACUGAUUUAUUUAAAAAUGCAUAAGUUAAUGGAAAGCUUGUAAUACACAAACCAGUGUGCCAUGUUUUUGUUUAAACACAUUCGGGAUAAUAUACGUUGGCAUUCAGAGACUACGGAGGUAUGCGAGAUCCAGUCUUGUGUGAUUGGAGCCUUUCCAUCUACAUGAAUUCCUAAGAUAAAGGCUUUGGAUUCAGUUUACAUUCUUGAGUUUUGCUCUGGGUAUGCACAUUUCAGUGACAACCUUGGUCUAGACCUUCAAAGGUUCAAGGCACAACUCUUGGUGCUAAAAUUAGUGUCUCUAAACAAGAAAUCAAAAUCUCAGCCGACUGUUCCUGGUCACGAUCCAGGGAUUUUUGCUGGAAAGUGUACACUUGGCUGAUGGAUGCAUUUUUUUUGAAGCUGUUGAAGGGCUGCUUGCACUUGUGGAAUUGCACUCAUAACCAGGUUCAGUGCCCAUCACCUUGCAUCCCAGCAAGGAUCAGCAGCACCCAUGGGACCACACCUCACCGGUAUAUAGUGCAGUUUAGAUUUGUACAUUUAAAAGAGCUUUCUUUGAGUUCACAUACACCCAGGAGUUUGAAGUGUAAUGAAAUUCAAAAACAACUUUACUGAGUCUAGUACAGAGGAAGAAUUUGGCAAUCAGAAACUUUAUAAAAUGAACGAAUCUAGUUAGUGUUCAGUGACUCCCACUGGAAUAUUGAUGGACAUUAGGGUUUGGUGUGGAUGUAAUGCAUUACACAGUAGACUAGACCACCUGCUCUUACUGUAUAGGUUCACAUUGAAGGAUGACCAUAUGUUUAAUGGCCAGUGGGAUGUGUGGAAUUAAUGCCUUUGGAAGUUACCCCUGUAUCAGUUAUUCAAUAGGAGAGUGAUGAAAAGUAGUGCUGGUUGGCAAGGGUUGGAAUUAAGUGCUUUGAAAAGAUUCUGAGAAUAUCUCAUUUGGGAAUAUUUACCUUUCGUGCCUUGGAAAGUGACAUGGCAUUUGUUCAGGUAUUUGACAUGCUUAGGUUGCUUAUUAAGAGCUAUAAACUGAUGCAAAUGAAUAAAGCAAUGUUUGUAGCAUUUCGUAAUUCACAGGAGCUUAUUAUUUUUUGUUGAGGAAACAAAAUGUGGCUUCACUGGUAAUGCACAUGAUCUGCUACUGAUCUGCUACUAAUCCCUAGUUUAGCAUUGGUCUGUGCUGAAUUAGUUGGUCUCAGCUGAGACUGUUGGCAGCGGAGUGGGAUUGGGGGAAAUUCUCCCACUGUCAGGUUCAUGCAUCUAGUCAGUAUAAUUUUCCUGCUGGACUAUAUGUUGGUUUGGGUUGAGAGUUGGAUAUUUUGCCUGUUGCUCCCUAUGUGAGAUUCAUAGACAUGUGGAAUUCUAGUCCAAAAGGAAUCAGGGUUUUCAAGCAAGAGAGAGGAAACGUGAAGGCUGGGAAAUACUCAUUACAUCAGAACUAUUGAACUGUAAUCUUGUAUUAUAUUAAUUAUAUUCGAAUUGAGUGGUAUUUAACAUACACCUGUAAGCUGCCUUUCUGUUUGUGGGUCUGCCCAGAAUUCUUCCAAAGGAAUGUGUGAUAUUUGAAAUGAAAAUGAGAGAAUGAGCAAAUUGUUCAGAGUUUUGAGUAAUUUUAUCGUAGUGCUUCCUCCAUGUGGUGCUUAUUUACAUUUUUCAUUGCAAUAAAGAAUU